CGUAAAAUUACAAAGAAAUUUACUUAUAAAAUUUUAUUUGCGUUUAUUAAUAAAUUAAUUUAUAGCGUAAUUGAAAAAAAAAAUAUUAACCGUUUUUCGGUUAUUAAACAAACCGAUAAAGUAUCUUAUCGCGACAUUUUGAUUGGUAAAUGUAAAAUGCUAAUACAAGUUUGCCUCGCUACUUUAUAAGCAACCAACGAUGCCGAUAAUAUCGUUAAGCUCAUUAUUAGUGCCUUAUUUGUUGCAAGUAAUACGCCUCCUACUACUGCUAAGUGGACGAUCGCGCGCGGAUUCCCGACUGAUCCAGAAGGGACAAGCGGAGAGGCUGGAAGAACUGGACCUGAAGGCACUCGACAUGAUUAAGAGAUUCAUAGAACAACGUGCAAGAGGUGCCUACAUUGCGUCCAUUUGCCAGCCCGAAGCAGCUUUCGACUACUCCACGGCAGCGCAACAUACGAAACCUGGGCCAAAGGAAGCCAAAGCCCUUAACGCGAGGAUCAAAUGGCAGGUAAACCAUAAGGAUCGAGGCCUCAGGUAUAUGGAGUUGGACCCCCAAGACCUGCGCCUGUACGUCUUCGUGGACGGCUUAUUCGCCAACAAUAAGGAUAUGAGCUCCUAGAUCGGCUAUAUUGUGGUAUUCGGUAACGAGAGACCUAUAGACCAUAAUAACGAAGUACGACUUACCGGCAAUAUUAUCUAUUGGUUAUUUAUUAAGUGCAAGCGUGUUACGUGUAGCGUAUUUGCUAGUGAGAUUUACGGAAUGGUGUAGGGCUUCGAUGUGGGCUACGUU